GUUUUGUUUUGUUUUUGGCGGGAGAUAUUUAGACAUUUGGAACGUUUUGAAUCAACCUUGUACCAUGUGAUGUAACCUUUGGGAAAUGUUUCUAAGUGAUAAGUACAACGUUAUUUGUAAUGAGAAAGAUACUGACUGACAGUCAUGUCUGCUUUGACACUGUUUGACGGCGAGCACCAUGAAACAUCACAACAUAAUAUCACUCGUCGCAUGCGGCGAACAAGACGGGAGGUGGAUGGUACACUAAAGGUGGAGUGUGUGAUGGAAGAAGUUGAGAUCCGCAGGAAUGUUAAGCACCUCAUCAUGAAACAGUCCAAAGCAGCUGACCAUUGUCAGACUAAUGGUGGUUCCCUCUCGAGGCCUUUCAAAAAGCGUUUUGGCAGCAAAAUUCUUCUGGAUGAUGAGGGCCCAGAGUCUGACCAGGAUUAUUUUGGGGGCCAUGAUCUCAUCGACCUCAUCAACAGCCCUCACAGUCGCCAUGAUGGAUGGACGAAGAGCCGUGAGAGUCCUAUGUUGGGUUUGAAUGGAGACUCACCCCCUGUCACACGCAGUCUGGUCCUCCUGUCAGACGGCGAUGAGUCGGAUGCAGCACGCUCGGACGCCGAGUCAGCCGAGAUCAUCCUCGGCUCAGAGAAUGAUGACGACGAACGCUUGAACCUGAGCGUGUCGCAGUAUUCAGGCCCCGACGUGUCUCCUGAGCUGUCUACCACUCCUUUGUCCUUAAUUCUGUCCCUCUCUAAGAGUCAAGAGCCAUCCGCGAGCAGCGGAGCUGAGGCUAGCUUGAAGUUUAUGAGCGGUUCUAGAAGUGAAAACUCUGUCCUCCUCACUGGUCGUAGAAAAGAGCCGCCAAUUGCGAUUGGCAGCGAAGAUGAGGACUUUGUAGACGGGAAUGUAAGUGACUCCUGCUGCUCCAUCGCCUCAGGCCCCAGCAAGCUGUGGCAGCCUGCGCCCCAGGGGCCGUGCUCCAGCUGCCUGGCGCUCUGCGUGAGGAUGAAGAGGCUCACCAACUGGACGAAGAGCAGGGUGAAAGAUCCAGCCUGUUUAUGCUACGACCAAUGGUUGCUGCUGAAACCGUGGCGACCUCGAGGCGUGCGCGGCCUUCGCAGAGUUAGAGGGAAGUUGUUUGAACAUCUUCCUCGGAUCUGGCAGCAUGCAAAAGUCCGAGUUGAGCAAGACCUUGAUGGUGAAUGGGAGGCCUGUACAAGACCUCAUGUAUUUCUGCGAAGAAACUUUCGACAGUGCCAGAGAUCUCAGUCAAAACCCCUCAACCACACAAAGGUCAGGAAUAAGGCGGGCUCAAGACGGGCUCGAAGGUCAAAAGACGCCUGGCCCCCAGUUGGCCAAAACGUGAAGCAGAGGAAGAAGAAGAGGAACAAGAGCAUGGAGGACUCAGCGAAGACGAAGAAGAAAAAGACGAGUGCGGGAGAGGAGCAGAGGAGCAGAGGGAGACGUGAGGAGACGAGCGGGACGGAGGAGCAGCGCAGAGACGGCCAGGCGCCGGGAGACGAGCACGCGAGCCACAAUGACGUCACCGCAGACUGCAGCACAGCGGAGCGGGCAAACUCAAGUCCAGACAGACGGCAGGAUGUGAACGCUGACAUACAGACCAAUGGGUGCCCUGACGAGCACGGAAAUGUUAGAGCACCAAGCCCCUCAGAGUGGCCUGCAGAUGCUAAUGUAGGCAGCCCGUCACAUAGACACACAGACCCAUGCACGGGCAGCAGCCCAGGCAGCAGAGAAGACAGACCGGGAGACUUGAGGGCAGACAGGCACAGGGACGGACACCGAGAGAAACAACGUUCAAACCAGAGAUCUGUUGGGAAAGCAAACGCACAUGCUGGAGUGAAGGCAUUCAAGUGUGUUGUCGGUGGUGGUUCAGACAGAGAUGCGAGAAAGAGCGCAGACAGCGUAGAUAGGCCUACAGGCAGCGAUGUAGACGUUUGCCUCAAGAGAAAUGCAGAUGAUCAAGGCAGGCGUUUAAGCAAUGAGAGGAGGCAGGGAAAAAGUCCCCCUGGGGAUGCUUUAAGCAGGCAUUUGGGUGUGAAUCCAAACAUUCACCUGAACAGCCCCUCAAGUAUGAAUGGAGAUGAAGUCUUGGAUUAUUCAGAGGGGCACUUGGACAUAAAUGUAGAUGAUAGUUCAGAUGAACUUGAGGAUUCAAGUACAGACAAGGGCCUCACCCGCAGAGCUCUCUUGUUUGAAGACACCCCCACAUUGCCUUUGACUAGUGUGUCCACCCCAACCCCAGCGGUGGGGUCAGUGCGAACUCGGAGACACACUCUGAACAAGGACCCGUAUGCGUUCCGCACCCCAACACCUCCCGGAAUUGAGGGCUCCGAGGUACUCAGGAAGCCCCGUCCCUUCGCCCGCACCUAUGAAAGCGCGGGGGCUCGAAACGACAGCUUCAAGUCCAUGUUGUGCAUGUUGGAUAAGAUGCACAGUGCUGUUGUCAGUGAAACUGUUUCGUGAGUGCCAUACUACAGACAAGUCGGCACAGCCAAACAAAUUACACACCCUCAUGGGUUCUUCAGACCAGUAUAUAUGUUACAUAGUUCUUUGCACUUUGGUUGUAUGGAGAAAAAAUGUUCACUGAAUCCUAUUGUGUUAAUGUUAAUGUGUUAAAUUGUUUAUAAUUAAGUUAUUAAGUUAUUUUUCCUUUGGUGACACAUCUGCUUAACCAGUUUCUGAUUGGCUGUCAGACCUGACUUAAUAAAGCAGAUUGGUUAAAUGCAGAA